CGGCGAUCGGAGCCCGGAGGUGGGGUCCGGAGCCGGAGCCCGGGGCUCUGAUGUCACCACGCGGCCGCCGGCGCCCAGGAGCACCUCUCGGGCUGGAGCUCAGGAAAGGCCGAGACAUGAGCCGGCCCGCGGCCAUCCGUUCUCCCAGCGUCCCCGCGACCCCGCUCCGCCGCGGCACCGCGUGACUCUGCCGCCCCCUGUGGUCGCCGGUCCCGCGCCUCUCCUCUCCCUCGCGUGCCCGGACUCCCGGAGCUUGAAGCCUCAGGCCCCGCGGAGCUAGCCUGCCCAGCGCUCAUUGGCACAGCCAUGGAGGCCGUGGGUCCGGGGGGCGACCGCGCCUCACCAGCCUCAUCUACGCGCAGCCUGGACCUGCGGAGGCUGUCUGUGCGCGGCGACUCAGCCUACAGCUCCUUUUCCGCGGCCUCGGGCGGUGCCGAGACGCGCACGCCGUCCCCGGGGAGCGACCUUCCGUACCUGGAUUGGGACUAUGUGCGCUUGGUGUGGGGCGGCCCGGCCCCCGCCCCGACCGCUGCUGCCCUGCACGCCUCCCCGCAGCCCCGGCCCGCGGCCGCCGCACGCAGUGGGCCGUGUCCCUCGCAGGUCCAGGGGGCCUCGGGGGCGCUCAGCAGGCAGGCCACCCCACUGCUGUACGCGCUGGCGGCCGAGGCGGAGGCCGCAGCGCGGGCCGCCGAGCCGCCCAGCCCUCCGGCCUCGCGGGCCGCCUACCGCCAGCGGCUGCAGGGCGCGCAGCGGCGAGUCCUCCGGGAGACGUCCUUCCAGCGCAAGGAGCUCCGCAUGAGCCUGCCGGCCCGCCUGCGGCCCGUGGCCCCCGCGCGGCCCCCGACGGCGCACCCGCGCUCCGCUUCGCUCGGCCACCCCGGCGGCGAAGGGGAGCUGGCGCGUUCCGGGGUUCCCACGCCUGGAACCGCCGGCCGGGGCCGCCUCGCCAACCAGCAGCAGAAGUGGUGCUUCUCGGAGCCGGGAAAGCUGGAUCGCGUGGGUCGGGGCGGUGGGACGGCUGGGGAAUGCUCCGGCGGGGCCUGCUCCAGCUUGGGCCAAGCCAGGCCUGAGCCCCAGGAAUUGCAGCAUCAGGCGUUGGCAGAGUUGGAAGGUCACCAGAUCAGAUGGCUGCCCCGAAGCACAGGGGACCCAGAACCCCCGUCGUUGAAGCUCCACAGCGCCUACAGGCCGGCCCGCCGGACUCAGAGCGCUUCAGGGGAAGCUGUGGGUCCCUGGGCAGGCCCAGGAGGGGCCAUGCCCACUGUCCAGGCUGUUCCUCAAGGAGCAGAACCCCCCAGGCCAUUAUUCCAGACCAGACCUUCCAGGUUCCUGACUCAGAAGGAGCCUACGGUGGUGUGUCCCGCAGCGGGUCCCCAGAGCGGUCCCACCGACUGUGAGCACAGGGUCCCGGAGCCCUGCGUUGCGUCUGCGCGGCUCCCCUCCCUUCCCGACGAUGAUGUCUUCCUGGAAGAAGCCCCGCUGGUCAGAAUGAAAUCACCUCCAGACUCCCACGCGCCCCUGGGGCUCCCAGCCAGUGUCUGUGCCUCCGACCUGCAGUGUGGAGCUGGCUUGAGCCAAAGGCCUAACCGGGCUGCUAUCCCCGCAGCGCACCCCCUCCACAAGGGCCCAGAGAGCGCAGGGGCAGAUGACCGCUGGCAGGGCGUCCGCGGUUCUCCGGGCACCUCCAGGCCCAUGCGCUGCAGCCCCCUUGGGGCUGCAAACGGCCACAUCCCCACCGUUGACUCCACUGGGCUGCUGAUGACUGACUUCCCUGUGGCAGCAGAGGGUGGCUCCCUCGAACCCCUUCCAGUUGAUGCCCGGGGACCUCCCGGCAGGGAGACCCCAGGUCCUCCGGAUGACGCGGCCCUGGCCUGGGGCGCUGGCCAGCCUGGUUCCCGGCCAGCAUGGCCCAGUCCCCGCCUAGAAGAGCUGGCUCAGGAGCUGGCCAGACUGGAUCCCUCUCUGAGUGACACUCUCACCUUCUAUCCCAGUCCAGAGCCUCCCCUGGACCUGCUAGAUGGGCUGGUUCCUUUAGCUGAGGUCUGGGCUGCAAUGAGGCCAGCCUGUGGCAAGGCCGGGGAGGAGGCAGCUGGCACUUCUGAGCCGGGCUCCACCCAGCUCCUGCCAACUUCUCAGGAGGAAACAAGGCCUGAAAACCUUACCAGCCACCCUGUGCCUGACCAGCCAUGUGGCCAGGGUCGCCCUGAGCCAAAUAGCAGCAUCCAAGCUAAGAAAGUGGAGCUAGCGGACCUCCUCCAAAAGAUGCUGCAGAACCUUCAGGCUGAGCAGGAGCAGCUGCAGGGGGCAGCCCAGGCCUGGGCCAGGCGCGGGGCUGCGCUGGAGGCAGCGGUAGGCCAGGCCUGUGCACCCCGCGAGCUGGAGCGGUUCAGCCGGUUCAUGGCCGACCUAGAGCGCGUGCUUGGCCUCCUGCUGCUACUGGGCAGUCGCCUAGCUCGCGUGCACCGCGCCCUGGCCCGGACAGCGGCAGACAGCGACCCUGAUGAGCAGGACUCGCUGCUGCAACGUCUCCGGCUCCUGCAGCGGCAGCAGGAGGAUGCCAGGGAGCUGAAGGAGCACGUGGCGCGGCGCGAGCGGGCCCUGCGGGAGGUUCUCAUGCGGGCACUGCCCGCCGGGGAGCUGCACGCCUACUGCGCCCUCCUGGCCGGCAAGGCCGCCGUCCUGGCCCAGCAGCGCAGCUUGGAUGAGCGGGUCCGGCUCCUUCAAGACCAACUGGACGCCGUCAGGAGCAGCCUUGGCCAUCGACCCCUGUCUCCCAGGCCGGCCUCGCCCCCAGGGACCCGUCCUCCUGAUAAACCGCCCUUCCGCGCUCUGCUUAUUUAGUUACCAUGUAGAGGCGCAGAGCGUUGCCGGUGCCGUCCACCGCGCUGCUGGGGGGACGCUGGUCUGCUGGGUGCUUUUCCCCCAGGGUGGGGAUGACCCAGGCUGGGCUCUUCCAGGAUACUUCUUCCAAGUAUUGACAUGUGGCCUCACCCCAAGUUUUGUGGAUUAUUUGGUAAUUAAUUUAUGGAUUUUAUAAACCACAGUAUGGCCCCUUCUUGUGAUGAGAGGGGUUUGGUCAGAGUGAAGGGAGAGGGGACAAGGCAGAAUCUCAAGGUGCAAAAUAGCCUCUUUCCCUCUCAAUAAAAACUGAUGCGAGGAGAGUGUACGUCAUCUGGAACAUGGUUUGGGGGAAGUAUCUUACUGAUUACAGGCGCCAACCCUGCCUGACUGAGCAGAACAGGCAUUUAUUUGCUGGAGGAUAUCAGCGAGGUCUGGAGAGUGAGGAA